AUGUCGGGUCUCCAGCGUCGACGCGUCAACAAAUCUGACUCAAACCAUUCACCAGAUGUCAGCAACGAAAAUCAAGAAAACCGGUCUGGCUCGUUAGAAGAGGAGGAAGAAGGCCAAACAAGAAGAAUCGCUUAUGAUCCAGAAGAAGUGAUGCUGAAAAAUAACGUUAAGGUUCCGAAACUAACGCUGAUGGAAGAAGUCUUGCUGAUGGGAUUGAAGGAUAAAGAAGGUUAUCUUUCUUUUUGGAACGACAACAUUUCAUAUGCUCUUCGUGGAUGCAUUCUCAUUGAACUAGCACUCAGAGGCAAAAUUCAGGUUGUGAACGAUCCGGCCAGAAAAAGGUUUGACAUUUCUGAACGACUUGUGGAGGUUAUCAACGGGACCAAGACAGGAGAAGUGCUGCUAGACGAGGCGUUAAACUUGAUGAAAAAAGAUGAGCCAUUAACAAUAGCUAACUGGAUCGAUCUGCUAAGCGGCGAGACCUGGAAUUUCAUGAAGAUCAGCUACCAGCUCAAACAAGUGCGUGAGCGUCUUGCCAAAGGACUUGUCGAUAAAGGUGUUCUGAGAACGGAAUUGAAGAACUUUUUCCUCUUUGAUAUGCCCACACAUCCAGUUGUAGAUAACAGCUGCAAAGAAUCGAUAAAGCGCAGAAUACUUUCAGUGCUCGUUUCGAGAAGCGUGCAACUCAAUUUCAACGAUUAUUUCACUGAAUCGAUUUCGUUCAAACUUAUAAGAACUCUGUCAUUGAUUUGUGGAGCGCACGGUGCCAAUGUUUUGGAAAACGUUCUUUCGAGUCUGGACUACGAGAAAAGGGACCGUGCUUUCACUCGUGCUGACGAAAUUUUGGCUCAAUUUUCGCAAUUUCCUUUUGCUCUUGACAAGCAAACGGAAACGGGUAUCGCAGUUAACUUGAACAGUGACGUACAAGAAGAGGUAGCAGAGUAUCCGGACGCACAGCUACAGCUCGAGGUAGUUGCAGGCGUUUUUGAAGUUUUCUCGAGAAUGGACACUCUAUUGUAG